UGGCGCGCGCGGCCGCUCGGAUAAAAAGGAACGAGGCGCGGCAACAUGUUUGCCCCGCUGAGGUGGCUCCGCGAGGGCCCCCGUCAUGUGCUGGUUUGCGAGGGGAGCCACGUGCGGCACGAGCGGUCCCGCCACGCGGCCCACGUGCGGGACCACGCUUUCAAUUGCCAGGUGUCCUUUUUUAUCCCUGACUGUGGAUCUGUUCCAGAAGCACUAAAAAAUACAGUUGCAGAUAUUGGGCAGUACUACUUGGUGAAGAAUUUGUCGCUCCAUGAGUUAAUUGCACAGGAAUUUAUUAACACAUUUGUGAAGAAAGGUUCAUGUUAUGCUCUUACGUAUAAAACAAGGAUUGACCAAGACAAUACAGCUGCUCUGCUACCAACAGGCAAAUUAAUUAUAUCAGUAGACAAGGAUACUUAUGAAGAGCUUGGACUGCAAGGCCGUCCUUCUCUGUAUUCUGGUAAAAAGCCGAUGAGAUACAUUAUUACUGUUGACUUGACUGAUUCAACCUUCAGUCCUGAUUGUAAGAAAUACAACAGAGUGAUCUGGGCCUUGAAGGAAAAAAUGCCACUAGAGUUUGAUUUCUUGAUGGCUUGGCACCAAACAGGAUCAGAAGAAUCAAGUUUGAUGUCAUACUUUUCCAAAAACCAAAUACAGGCACUUCAGCCAAAAAUAACAUUCAACACAUUAAGAAAUGUGCAGUGUCCAGUUCUGGAGAGCAACAAAUUGGAAGGAGAGCCAGAAACAGCAUGCAGUGCUCAGGAAUUAUUUGAAUGGCUAGGUGCCAUUUUCACUCAUACUGGCUUAGAAAAUACAUCCUCUAGUUUCUUAUCAACAUAUUCAUGCCCUCAACCGAGCACAACAGUAGAACAAGCUUUGUUGUGUACAAUAACUGGCUUUAUACUUCCAGAGAAGAUAAUUCAUUUGUUUGAACAAAUAUGUUCCUAUUUUGAAGAACCAAAGUUGGCUCACUGGAUAUCUCUCAUUGUUCAUGGCUUUGCUGACAGCCCUGUUUCCUGGAAAGAAAGUGAACAUGGUUUCCUAAAAGGCGGGGAGAAUUUAUACAACUUCGUAAUUUUUAGGAGCUUGGAUUACUGGCUUCAAAUGGCAGUUGGAGCAUAUGAUGAUUGUCCUUAAAUAAUGACUACUGAAGGCAUUCAAAGGUGUUGUAUUAUUAAGUAGGCAUUUUUGUAAAAUUAUAAAAAGUACCCUUUUAAAAAUGUGCUUGAAAUCAAACACAAAGGUGAAAUCAUUUUCAUUUUCAUUUUCUUUUGAAAAUUAGUUGUAUGUUUAAGUGUGUGUGUUUAUAUGUGUGUGUGAAGUUGGUUUAAAAUCCUGGUAUAAAAACAAUGACACGUAAAUAAAAACAUUUAUUCUACCUUUUGGAGAAAAAUGUUUUUAAUUUACGUAAGAAGUUGCAGAAGCAACAAUUAUUAGACUUUGCUCGUACCAAUGUGGCAGCUACUAGGAAGGAUUGUACCAGUUCCUAGAGCCAGCAUAUCGGUACAGCUAGAACCCUUGCCUUAUCAGAGAAGAGCAUCUCAAUCCCUUUUCCUUGCCCUUUGUGCUGCACAGCUGUGCUGUCUUUUUUUAUUGGGCUGUGUGUGUGAAUUCUGAUUACAGCACAAUACCAUUGGAAAUUACUAAGAAUAAAAUGACAUUUAUAUAAUGGGAGGCGACUUUGCAACGUGUCUGCUGCUUGUGUCAUGGGAACCAUUUUUAUCAUUUCCCGUGAUCCAAUGAAAUGACUGCAAUAAAACACAGCUGAACUUACUGGAUGAAGAAUUGGGAGUUUGCCAGCAACUGUGAUAGUUGGGUGGAGAUCUCAUAGCAGCAUUUCUACUAUAAUGGAAAUGGUUGCUAGGACAAGAU